AUGUGGGAUCAAGGUGAAUAUACUAUAGUUGUUCAGAAGGUGGAAGCUCAGUUAAUACAUUGUGAAGCUAGAGAUAUCUCUAAUAAUUUUCAAUGUGUUCUGACUAUUGUUUAUGGAUUUAAUACUGUGGAAGAGAGGAAAAGCUUAUGGACCAGUUUGCAAGAUAUAUCGAGAAGUACUAACUGUCCAUGGUUAGUCUGUGGGGAUUUUAAUGCAAUGUUAAUAACUACAGAUAGAAGGAGCUGCCAUCCUGUGACCUUCAGUGAGGUUAAGGAUUUUGCAGACUGUAUUAAUUCCAUAUUACUAAGUGAGUUACAAUGGAAAGGUGAUUAUUACACAUGGUCAAAUAAGCAACAAGGAGUGGAGAGAGUAAGUAGCAAAAUUGACAGAGCCUUUAGUAGUCAUGACUGGAUGAUGAACUGGGGCCAUAUUGUUUUAGAAUAUGAUCUGCCUAACAUAUCAGACCAUGCUCCAAUGUUGUUAACCUUACGCAAUGUGAAUCAAAACAUCAGAGCUCCUUUCAGAUUUUUCAAUAUAUGGUGUGGGCAUGCACAAUUUCUGGAGAUAGUGGAGACACACUGGAAAAAGCAAUUGGGUAGGGACCCUAUGCAGAAUGUCUGGAACAAGUUGAAGGCAAUGAGAUCAGUCUUCAGACAACUGAAUCAAAAAGAAUUUCAAGCAACUACAGAGAAGAAUGAUAGGGCAAGAGAUGAACUUCAAGGAAUGGCAGCAAUGGGAGCAAACUAUGAUGACAGUCUUGUGAUUAAAGAAAAUGAAGCUCUAAUGAAGUUAGAGAAAUGGAGCCUGAUUGAGGAGAGUAUACUAAGGCAGAAAUCUAGAGCUCAAUGGAUACAGCUAGGAGACUCAAAUUCAAAGUAUUUUGUUGUAGUCAUGAAGGAAAGAAGUCACAGGAAGCAAAUCAAGGAACUCAAGUCAUUGAAAGGCGAUAAGCUAUUGUCUGAUCCUAAAUGA